UGUCAGGGUGAGCAGGCGAGACCGCGCAGUCCCUCUCUAAUGCAUGAACUCGCUUUAAACUGAGACCUGCGAUGAGAAUCGGAUCUUUGAGUCUCAGUAUCAUGAAGAUCAACGUGCUUGAGAAAUGCAUGAAUUAAUGUGAGAAUAAAAGAGCUGACAGCAAGCGAUGCAUGCCAUAGGAAGCAUGUGUAGUCCCUUAAGCAGUGGGCAGCCGCUCACAGGUCCUGGUCUCACAGAUCUACAGCAGUACAAUCAAUGGCUGGCCAGUCGACACGAGGCCAGUCUAUUACCCAUGAAGGAAGAUCUGGCCCUUUGGCUCUCCAGCAUGUUGGGUGUGGAAAUUACUGCGGAAAGCUUCAUUGACAGGUUAGACAACGGCUUCCUGCUGUGUCGGCUGGCUGAGACCCUGCAGGAGAAGUUCAGGCAAAAUAACACAGACUUGACUUCAUCAGGAAAGAUAAUCCCCAGUCGCAGGAUUCCCUGCCGAGCCAGCGCCCCAUCUGGCUCCUUUUUUGCCAGGGACAACACAGCCAACUUUCUGUCAUGGUGUCGAGAGGUGGGCGUUGGCGACACCUGUCUGUUUGAAUCAGAUGGGCUGGUUUUACACAAGCAGCCACGAGAGGUUUGUCUAUGUCUACUGGAGCUGGGAAGAAUAGCAUCUAGAUAUAAGGUGGAGCCACCUGGACUUAUCAAGCUGGAGAAAGAGAUUGAACAGGAGGAGAAGGCACCUGAACCUCCACCAUCUCCUGUAUCUCCCACCUCCAGUUCUCCAUCCAUGUCUCCGUUCAGCUCUCCGUUAAGCAAGAGUAACUCUAGCAGGAAGAGCACCGGUAAACUUUUGGAUGAUGCCGUGAAGCACAUUUCUGAAGACCCGCCUUGUAAGUGUCCAAAUAAGUUCUGUGUAGAAAGACAAUCGCAGGGGCGCUACCGUGUCGGGGAGAAAGUGCUUUUUAUCAGGAUGUUGCAUAAUAAGCAUGUGAUGGUGCGUGUUGGUGGAGGCUGGGAGACAUUCGAGAGCUACCUGCUGAAGCACGACCCAUGUCGCAUGCUCCAGAUCUCACGUGUGGAAGGAAAGAUAUCGCCCAUUACGGGAAAAUCUCCCAGCAUCCAAGAGCUCACACCCGACAGCUACCUGGUGGUGGCGGCCCACUACAAAAGCAAAAAGUAAAGAGAAACAGAGACUUUAACGUGUCAGGUUACUUUAAUGCUCGCUGGCUACACUUUCAAAAAAAGGUACAAACGUGGUCACUGGGAUGUUUACAUUUGAGGUACAAAGUGUAGCGGGGCACAAACUUGUUCACAGGGUUAAUUGUAACACGGCUGAUUUAUAAAUUUAUACAGGGCUUAUAGCCUACAGUCUUUUUCUCUUACUGUCAGAAGAUCUCCUGUGAAUUUGUGAAACAUUUGGAUGUGUUUUGAUUAAGAUAUUGAACAAAGAGUGUUUUGGAGGCAUAAUAAAAGUACAUUUCUUCAUCUUAUGUUUUUUUUAUUUCUGAGUUGGGUGUAUAAGUCAUCAAAUCCAGCCUUUUUUUUUUAUCACUGUCUUGUUACAUUUUUACACAGCGGGGUUAGUUGUCACACAGUGCAUUGUUACGGUAACGUAAUGGGGUCACGCGCUGUACACGCGCAGUACAUUCUGCAGAGUUUACGUGUACUUUUAAAUAUAAGGCUACUUUAAGCAAUAAAGUAGCGUUGUGCUUUUUGAAAAGUGUGUUUUCAUUACCUAUACCUGACAACUUCUUAAGAAUAACUUUCUCCAACUUUUAUCCAGAGAUAAGCGUGAACUCGACGAUAGAUGCUGUCCGCAGCGUAGCGUUGCCAAGUCCUCUGCUUUUUUUCGAGUUUAGAUUUGGACUACUGUUUAAACUCCUUCCACAAGUUGUUUUUUCUGUGGUUAAAGAUGAAAUGUAUUUUGUUGAUUAGUUAUUGAUAUUUGGGCUGUGGACAGUCAUUGGGAUGUUUUUGGGUUAGUUUUGAAUGUCCAUUCGGAUGGUUUUGAUAGGCGAGUCUGGCAACCCUGGCUGUGCUGUAGAAUGUACAUGUUAACGAACAUUUAAUCAGAUUGCAAUCUUUAGGGUGCAUGUAAACUGUAUCGUUGUAACCUUGACAAAAUUUUGUGCAUGUAAACAUAGCCAGUGUUAAUUAAGCAUCCACUAUACAAUGAUAAUGAAAUGAAAACAAUAUAAAUAAUAUUCAUCAAAAUGAUAACUGGUAACACAAUAUCAGGAGAAAUAACUCACAAAUAAGACUUUUGUCUUAAUUGUGCAGCCCUUAAAAAAAAUCUAUUUUAUGCAUUGAUACAAAGAUGGUUAGAUGAAGGAUCAUGGAUGGAGGAAUGUGUGGAUAUCUAUCUAUUAUAGGCAGAUGUAGAAACAAUAUCCACCUUAAGUAUAUAGAAAUAAUGAUCUAUAAUGAUUUAAAUAUUUGUGUUUAAACUACUUUUCUAGCAGGUGUUACAACAAACCCUCUGUUACAAUUAACCCCACCUAUAGGGUAAGCUGUCACAUUGGUAGCAGAGAUGUGUGUGAUGAUUGUGUAAAAAAUAUUCAUCUAACUUAAAUAUGUUUUGAAUAAUAGAGCCAAAGCCAAAAAGCGUUACUAGCCCCGUUCUCCCCUACUUUUUGAAAAGGUAUCGCCCGAGUGACAACUUUUGUACCUUUUAUCUGAGAGUGUACCAGUGACAUUUCUAGAAGUGUUUACAUAAUAAAACUGAAGAAAGACAGUUUGAUGCAAUAAUGUGUAACAGAGAUGCAACAAUCAGACUGGAGUCUGGAACUGGUAUCCAGAAGUUCUUUCUUAUUUCAUUUUCUUACCAGUUAGGCAAUGACAUUCAAACAUCACAUCUGUCCUGAGUUGUUUGUUUUUUUAUUGAGGAAGUACAUUGCUUUUACACUCUUUUACACUCAUCCCUGAUGUAAUGAAAUCGCUGGAUGAAUUCAAGCAUUCUUUUCGAUCGUGAUGAGUUUUAUGUUUAAUGCUUUACUAACAAUAUUAAUGUUUCUAUUUUGAUGUUUGUUUAUUACAUGUUUUGGUUUUAAAUAACGUUCUGUGAUGUCAUCUUUGCCAUUUAUUGUAUAGUGUAUGCAUUAAACUGUGUUGAUGAUGUGGACACAAAUGAAGUGUAAUUUGUA